AAAGCUACAGAAACCGAGUGCUUGAAAACAUUUUCAUUUCUGCUAGAGAAAUGGUUGGUGCUUGAAAUGGGUUCCAAUUUGGGUUUUUGGAUCGAGUGUAGUGUUGAGGUUCCUGGGUUUCUGGUUGUGGAAAAGUUGAAAAAAAUUGCUUUAUGGGGGUUAGUGUUUGGAUGCGAUUUGCGAGGACCUGAAGCUUUUGGGUGGUGCAUAUUCUGCAGUAUUCUUGAUAGGGCUAUUGAAGCAGAGGACAGGAAGCAUGGAGACUUUCUGAGGCUGGAACACAUUGAGGGGUACCUUGAACUGUCGGCCAAGACGAAGUCUUUUUUUACUACAGUUGUUGCUUUGUGGGAUGCGGAUUUCUAUGUUAAAUAUAGAAUUCAGCACCUAAAAUUCAAUCCUCGCAAUACUGUAAUACCCCAGAAAGUUCAAAUCUCUGAGCAUUAUGAAACAAUUGCACAAACAAUGCAGCUUGAAUCACAGACGAGAUGA